AUGACCCCCAAGGGUUAUUCAAGACUACUUGACACAGUAAGCGUACUUCCAUCCAUAAAAUCGCUAACUUUUCCAACAGCCUAAUUAUGGACUGUCCGGUCCCCCCCCACCUCAUUAACUCCCACUCCACAAACCCCCACCCCCCCACCUCACCUGCACCAACAGACUCAUGUUCCUAGUACAACGGACCCCAACACAAGAGAUAUAUCCCAGCUAAAGAACUAAGAGCCUUCUCAUGAGCUCCAACGCAGACCUCGCCACACCUCCUAUACCCACCUGUCGUUCCAGGCGAAUGUGACUACUAGAACACCUAAUGACCGUUCUACUCAGCAAGAACAAAACAAUCCACGAACUCCAAUCCUCUACUCCGUAGGGGCGGAUUUGAAUCUAAAACCUGGCAAUCUAAGAAUCGCUAUCGAACUGACUCUGUUCGCUCAUCCAUCUGGAAACUUACGAACAUUUAACCCACAACUUAAUUCCAAGAUCGUGACAUACAAAGUCAGGACGUAUAAGCGCAAAUGUUUAUAUUAUUAA